CUUUGGACUUUGAUGGAGUUAUCUGUAAUACCUGUGAAGAGACAGCUAUCUCUGCUCUCAAGGUUUAUGCUCUCUCACCAUCUUUCUACUCCAUUUGAUUACCAAGAAAAUGGAAGAAAAUAACAGAAAGCUGCCAAGUUGAGAUGGCCUUCCCUGUUUGAUGGUGUGGAUUCAACCAUAGACGAUUGGAUUGUUGACCAGAUGAUUACAGUACGGCCAGUGGUGGAAACUGGGUAUGAAACACUUUUACUUGUGAGGUUGUUUCUUGAGACGAGAGUUCCAUCCAUAAGGAAGUCUUCGGUUGCGGAGGGGCUCACAGUAGAUGAUAUAUUGGAGAGCUGGCUCAAAUUGAAGCCCAUUAUUAUGGAAGAAUGGAGUGAGAAUAGAGAAGAACUGAUAGAUCUUUUUGGGAAGGUCAGAGAUGAAUGGUUGGAGACGGAUUUCACUGGUUGGAUGGGGGCAAACAGACUCUAUCCUGGAACUGCUGAUGCAUUAAGAUUUUCUAGCUCAAAAGUGUAUAUUGUCACCACAAAACAGGGCCGCUUUGCUGAUGCUUUACUAAGAGAGCUUGCUGGAGUGACUAUACCACCAGAUAGAUUGUAUGGUCUAGGAACUGGUCCCAAGGUAGAAGUGCUCAAAAAGCUUCAGAAAAUGCCGGAACACCAAGGACUCACACUACACUUUGUGGAAGAUAGGCUUACAACCCUUAAGAAUGUCAUCAAAGAGCCUGAGUUAGAUAACUGGAAUUUAUAUCUUGUGAAUUGGGGUUUCAACACUCAAAAAGAGAGAGAAGAAGCAGCAGCCAACCCCAGGAUUCAACUUCUUGAGCUCUCUGACUUCAGUACGAAGCUGAAAUAGUAGCCUGUCUACUUUGAAUUGUCGAUCAUUGUAUUAAAUAAUUUCUUCCAUCUCAUUUAUUUAUGAACAAUGACAAAUUCCUUGUGACUUUCUAUUAAUAUACUUGCAACAAUCAUUAUUGAUUCUGUUAAACUGCA